AUGUACAGACAAAGUAUUCUCUUUUCUUGCCCGACUUCCUGUCGUGUUUACCCAUGCAAUGAAACUUAUUUUUUUUCCGGUCGUGAUCGAUUUGCGGAGUAUAUUGAAGAAGUAUAUGCUGCAUAUGAGCAGCACAGGCUGGAGACCAUGGACACAAUGAGAGGUGGAAAAUGGAGCAAUGUAGCAGAGAUGACGGAAGAGGAAGCACUUGCAGAGCAGCAAAAGAUGUUUGCAGAGGCUCGUGCGAGGAUGAAUGGUGGGCCCUCUGCCCCCAAGCAGCCAUCAGAGCCUCACAACCAGCCAACACCCAACAACUAA